GAAUGUCUGAAGGGGGACUGGAACUCGCCUGUUUAUGCAUUCUAUCACCCAAUUCCGGAAAUUGGUUAUCACGAAGGCCACCGCUUCCAUGAAUUCAAGUGUGCAGCAACGAGCUGCAAGAAAGGGGUCCAUCGUUACCUUGACAAGAAGGAUGCAAAGUCAACCAGUAAUAUGCAGAAGCACGCUAAGAUCUGUUGGGGCGAAGAGACUGUUAAGCUUGCUGAUGAAACAAAGAAUGCUCAAGAGGCAUGUACCAUUAUCUCUGGGGCAAAAGACGGCUCUAUCACAGCAUCUUUCGAACGCACGGGGAAAGGCAAGGUCACAUAUUCGCACCGGCAACACACAAGAACAGAAACAAAGUACUUACUCAUCCUGCAACCAUUCACAAUCAUCAAAGAUCGUGGCUUUCAGUCGUUAAUGAAAACGGGUAGGCCUGAGUACUACAUACCUUCUCCAUCGACAGUCUCGCGCGACGUUAAGCUGGUGUUCGCUUGCACACGACAACGAAUUGCUAAGAUGCUACAAGAAUACAAUGGGCAGUUGAGUUUUGCCACAGACAGGUGGACUUCGCCCAACCAUAAGGCAUUCAUUGCAGUCUCCGUACAUCUAGAACAUGAUGGAGAGCCAUUAGCGAUGAUAUUGGACAUAGUUGAGGUUUCAGAGGUACAAUAA